AUGUUUGUUUUCGCCUUAGCUGUGCUUCUAGCUGUUACAUUCAGCACAGCUGCGGAUCUGGACGGUGAACUGGUGCGCACGAAACGCCAAUAUGGUGGCGGAUAUGGCGGCGGAUUUGGCGGGUUUGGUGGUGGCGGAUUUGGCGGGUUUGGUCGUGGCGGACAUGGCGGGUUUGGUCGUGGCGGACAUGGCGGGUUUGGUCGUGGCGGAUAUGGCGGAUAUGGAGGAGGCUAUGGGGGCUAUGGGGGCUAUGGAGGGGGCUUUGGCCGUUAA